AUGUCUGCCCUGCCGCCGCCUUCCGCCCCCGCCCGCCGCCACGCCCGCCAUGCCACCGUCCCCAAUGCCCUCCACGACGCCCGCUUCCGCGACAUCAACCACUCCGACCUCUCCACGCCCUCCGACGACGAGACCCAUGACUUCCCCUCGCACGACGCCCAGUCGCUCGUCGGCGUCAGCAUCGGCCAUGCCCAGACCCACUUCACCUCGCCCACCACCCCCGCCGCCGAGAAGGCUGCCGCCAUGGACGACCUGAUGGAGGCGCCCUUUGGGGACACAAGCCAGUAUGGUUUGGAGGGCGUCAAUGACCCCAAGCCCGGCGACAGCACCGGCACCUCCAGCCCGACUGCCCAGAGCUCGCAGCUGCUGCAGUCGCCCAGAGAAAGCCCGCCCGAGCCCGCCACGCCGCGCCUCGAGGCCUCGCCCCAGAGGCUGCCGUCGCCGUGGCGCUCCGGCCCCAAGGUCUUCCAGAGGUCCGACGAGCUGCGCCAAUCGCUGCGGGAGAGCUUCGCCGGCCACAGGCGGCGAGCCUCGUCUGGCUCCCAGACCGAUGGCUCCAAGAAGCGCUACACCUUCAGCAUGCCCAAGAGCCCCAAUCUCCUCAACGGCUUCACCUUUCCCGGUUGGCCCUCUAGUGAUACUGCGCCGGGUUCGAGGAAGGCGAGGUCGAAUACAUUGAUGGCCCCCGCAAGUCCUCGCCCGGACAUUGACUCUACCUCGACCAAGAGUGCAAGUGGCUCCAGCGUGUCUGCUCAAACCCGUCGCUCGACCAUUCAGAACGACGGCGCACAAAGCCCGCCCGACCAGCCCCCUGCCCCUCAAGAGCCCCCUCCUCAAGUGAUUGUCGAGAAGCCUACGCCCGCGCGACCACCGAUGAACAGGCAGCUGACACCUAGGAGUCUGAGGAGAACGGCGUCAGACGAGUCUCUUGUCCUCCACCGUACACUGUCUAGAGCUUCCUCUCUUGGUGAUGACAGCCGAUUUGAGCAUGUGUCUGAGCAGGUGAACAGCCGGUUGAAGGCGAUCAAGGAUUCGUGGCAGGAUGCCAACUUCAAACUUCCCGGCAUGCCCUCAAUGCCAAGCAUCAAUAUACCCUCGUCUCUGUCGUCCUCUCUCACCGACCUUACUCGGGGCCGAGCUGGCUCGCUGAAGGGUUCUUCUACAAAUAACACGCGGAAGACAACCCCAAGCCCAUUGAAUCUGACCAAAGCUACCGCGGAAAGUGCAAAGAAGAGCCCGAGAGUUGGCAGCGCCACUCUCGGUAUGACACAGACCGCUGCUGCUCACCACCCGUUUUUCACCAAGGCUGUCCAGGAGCUCAAGGGCGACGUUGUUAUCUUGGGAGGCUAUCGAGGCUCGAUCCUACGCUCUGCGGAGCCCCCACACCGCCAGCUUUGGGUGCCGAUCAAAGUCGGGCUGAACCUUCGCAAAGUCGAUCUUGAGGUUGGUCUCAAUCCAGAGGAUGAGGAAACGAUGGAGGAGCGCGUGAUUCCUGGGGGCAUGUUGACGCAUGUCGGGCCGGUUGAUGUUGCACGAAGGCUGUUCAAGCGCCUGAGGGCUUCGGAGAAUGCAGUGAAUGGUGAACUUCGCGUUCAUGAGUACUCGUAUGACUGGAGGUUGAGCCCGCACCUGCUCAGCCGCAAACUCAUCCAGUACUUGGAGAAGCUGCCUUGCAAUCAGCCAGGCACGCCUAAAGAAAAGAGCGGCGCCAUCGUCAUCGCGCACAGUCUCGGCGGUCUCAUCACUCGCCACGCCAUCAACCAGAGACCAGAGCUGUUUUCCGGCGUCAUCUAUGCUGGCACACCAAACACAUGCGUCAACAUCCUCGGUCCGCUCCGAAAUGGAGAUGACGUGCUCCUCAGCUCACGAGUCCUGACUGCGCAGGUCAAUUUCACCAUCAGGACGAGCUUCGCACUAUUGCCACUCGACGGCAAAUGCUUCUUCAACAAGGACACCAAAGAAGAAUUCGACAUCGACUUCUUUGAUCCCAAGACAUGGAUCGACCACGCCCUCUCGCCAGUCGUCGCAACGCCUCUCCCGCCGCUAAAAGACAGCACUCCUUCCGGCGGCAUCACCGGCGUCAUCAGCUCCAUGGCAAGCGCCCUCCCCAGCCUGCCAUCUCUCGGCCGCAAGGGCUCCAUACCCAAGAGCAACAACCUCUUCGAAAAGGCCAAGGACGAAAAGGCCAAAGCGACCUCCGCCGCCAGAACCGCCAACGCCGAAGCCAAGGCCGAAGGCGGCGCGGCCGGCAGCGGCAUGGCGCCGCAGAUGGGCGGCAACCACAGCAACGGCGACGAAUACUCGUCGACGGCCAACACAACGAGCAGCAACAGCACCAACAACAGCACCAGCACCAACAACAACAGCAACCCCGCCACGGCCGUCACCAUCCCCCGCGACGCCGCCAUCGCCUACCUCACCCGCACCCUCGCCGAGACAAAACGCUUCAAGCAAGAACUCGCCUUCCAGCCACACCUCGGCACCGCCCUCCGCCACGGCGGCCGCAACGCCUACCCGCCCGCCGCCGUCAUCUACGGCAAGUCGAUCCCCACCGUCUACGGCGCCAAGGUCGCCUCCCUCGACCACGUCCGCCACGCCGACUGCUACGACGACCUCGCCUUCGCCAGCGGCGACGGCGUCGUCCUCGCCCGCGCCGCGCAGGUGCCAGAGGGGUACGGCGUCGUGCGCGGGGGGUGCGUCAGCUCCGAUCGCGGCCACGUCACGCUGUUGGGCGACUUGGAGGCGAUUGGCAGGUGUUUGGGCGCGGUGACGGGGGCGAGGGCGGCGGGCGUGGGGUUGGGGGAGGAGUUUGGGGUUGCGGCGAGGGAGAGGGAGAGGGAGAGGGAGCGCGAGAGGGAGAGGGGGAGGGCGAGGGCGAGGGGGAGGAAGGGGAAUGGGACUGGGACUACUGGGGUUGUGGAUGGUGGGGAUGAUGAUGAUGGGGUGGCGGUGCCGGUGUCGUGA